UCCCUUUGCUUCACUUUCAUCUCUGCUUGGCUGGAGGCUGGUGAGGAGAAGGGCUGAGGAGAAAUCCAACCAUAUCUGAGACUCAGGUUGCUGUGAGUCUUCGUCCUAAUUGUCAGUCAUUUCUAAUAAGACUUGAAACACCACCGAGCAGCUCCUUUUGGGUUGCUCAAGGCUUAUCUUCUUCAGCCUUUGGCCCCUCCUUGGACCUGCCAUGAUUCACAGCCUCUUCCUGAUUAACUCGUCUGGAGACAUCUUCCUAGAAAAACACUGGAAAAGCGUUGUCAGCCGCUCAGUUUGCGACUACUUUUUCGAGGCUCAGGAGCGGGCUUCGGAGGCGGAAAACGUGCCCCCCGUGAUCCCGACCCCCCACCACUACCUCUUAAGCGUUUAUCGGCACAAGAUCUUCUUUGUGGCUGUGAUCCAAACUGAGGUGCCCCCUCUUUUUGUCAUCGAGUUUCUCCACCGGGUUGUAGAUACUUUUCAGGAUUAUUUUGGGGUCUGCUCUGAGGUCGUCAUAAAGGACAAUGUGGUGGUGGUCUACGAAGUGCUGGAGGAGAUGCUGGACAAUGGGUUCCCACUGGCUACAGAAUCCAACAUCCUGAAAGAGUUAAUCAAGCCACCUACUAUCCUCCGGACAGUUGUCAACACCAUUACAGGCAGCACCAACGUUGGGGAACAGCUUCCCACAGGGCAGCUCUCGGUGGUCCCCUGGCGCCGGACUGGGGUGAAGUACACCAACAACGAGGCCUAUUUCGACGUGAUUGAGGAGAUAGAUGCCAUCAUUGAGAAAUCAGGUUCUACAGUUACCGCUGAAAUUCAGGGGGUGAUCGAUGCCUGCGUGAAACUGACAGGGAUGCCAGACCUUACCCUCUCUUUCAUGAACCCCAGGCUGCUGGACGACGUCAGCUUCCACCCCUGCGUGCGUUUCAAGCGCUGGGAAUCGGAACGUAUCCUCUCUUUCAUUCCUCCAGAUGGGAACUUCCGCUUGCUUUCUUACCACGUCAGUGCUCAGAACCUGGUGGCCAUCCCUGUCUAUGUGAAGCACAACAUCAGUUUCCGAGACAGCAGCUCGCUGGGCCGCUUUGAGAUCACAGUGGGGCCCAAGCAGACGAUGGGGAAGACCGUCGAGGGGGUGAUGGUCACCAGCCAGAUGCCCAAAGGUGUCCUGAACAUGACCCUCACGCCUUCCCAAGGGACGCACACCUUUGAUCCUGUCACAAAGAUGCUGACUUGGGAUGUGGGGAAGAUCAACCCACAGAAGCUGCCAAGCUUAAAGGGGACGAUGAGCCUUCAGGCAGGAGCCUCCAAGCCCGACGAGAACCCCACCAUCAACCUACAGUUCAAAAUCCAGCAGCUGGCUAUUUCUGGUUUGAAAGUGAACCGCCUUGACAUGUACGGAGAGAAGUACAAACCUUUCAAGGGAAUCAAGUACAUGACUAAGGCCGGGAAGUUCCAGGUCCGGACCUAAGAAUGCCCCUGGCCAAGCGAAGAAGACGUGAGUGUGCCCUCGCUACCUGAUCCGUCUCUGCCCCUGGCAUCUCCCUGCUGUCGUUCUCCUGAAUCUGGCCAGGGCAGGUCUCUCUUUUUUGCACUGGGCGUGCCAAGCGCCUCCACCUUUUGUUUAAUUUUGGACUAGAUGGAAGAGUCUGCGAGAGAGGACAGUAAGAGGCUUGCCUAUCAGUUCUUCAGCAACCACAGAUCUUUCCCUCCUCAUCCUUGUGGUUGCCAUUUCCUUGUGUCUUGGCCAAGUAGAUUUUCUCUAUGAACAGAUUUUCGGUCACGUUCAGGAGCCAAAGCUACUGGUAUAUAGAGUCUUCAAUAAUCUCCAUACACAAAUUCUAAAAAGCUAACUGGAGGAGGCUUUGACUUGGCAUCUGUAUGAAUUCAGUCAUAUUUAUGGGUCUGGUAAGAGGCUGAAAGAAGGUAAAAGUUUUCUUAGAGGACUGAAGGUAGCUUGAAAGAGGUUCCUCAGCCCAUUCACUCAUUUCAAAUCUUAUCUAGGCCAAACAGGUUUCGUAGGGUUGCGGGCCAUGCUUUGACAGCCUGCCAGGCCUGUUUGCCUAGAAAGGUCUGAGCAUGUGCGCGUCUGGCAACACCAGCCUCUAUCAUGCCAUCGUCAGCUCUUUGAAAUGCUCAGGUCUGCCAAGGUUUCUUCAUCAGGGAAGGGUGGUGCAAAGGAUGUGUACCGAUCUCUAUUUCAAGAUUGUAGCAGGAGAUGUCUGGCUAAAGGAAAAGAGAGGCAAAAUCCUGGGGCUUUUGAGAGUUUGUACCACAGCUCCUCCUCAAGCAUGCAAUGGGCCUCCUUUCACACAUUGCUUCUGUAUAAACAGAAUGUAGCUCUCUACCAAGCAUGGGCAAACAUUGACCCUCCAGGUGUUUUGGACUUCAGUUUCCACAAUUCCUAAAAGCUGGCUGGGAUUUCUGGGAGUUGAAGUCCAAAAUACCCGGAGAGCCGAAGUUUGCCCAUGCCUGCUCCACACACGUCUUUGUGUGCAUACUGAUCUGAGAUGGCAUUAAUUUUACACAGUCAGUUCUGGAUUUUUCUCCCCACUAAACAUGGCAGAUCCAACUUGAUAUCUUUGGCAUGGGGACCUUGGUCUUUGGGAUGCCAUGUGAAAGCAAACAGUACCAGAGAAUCCAUAAAACUGGUUACUGGGCCCCCAAAAACCAUGCAUAGCUAGUUUGCUAGUUUAAAAAUGGUGCUGUAAAUGUUUUUUUGCUGCUGCUGCAGGAUUGUUUAAGGAGACGUGUGAAAAACAGCAUUGCCCUUUGGAAAAGACAUUCCCUUUUGCACCCCUGUUGAUUAGUUGAAUGCUAAGAGAAGAAAAACAUGAGGCGCAUGAAUUUGUUGUAGUUGUUUUUAAGAAGAGCAUCCAUUGCAAGGCAAAAGAUGAGGGGCAGUGGAGGGUCUAGAAAAGCUAUAUGUAUGGAUUAUAACUUCCAGAAUCCCACACCAGUAUGACCAUUUAUGUACUGUAUUUAUAUAUUCCAUAGGAUUGUAGAAUGUUUAUUUAUUUAUUUAUUUGGGCAUGUAGCCAUACUGGUUGGGAGAAACAUGAAUGUAUAUUGGCAGACUUUGGAGCUUUGUGGACUACAGGCUGCAUAGGAGUAUAGCUUCCAGGGCUGAUCUUAGAAUUGCAGCAACAUCAUUCAGGAUCCCAAGUUACUGUGUUGUCAAAGGCUUUCAUGGCUGGAAUCACCGGGUUGCUGUGAGUUUUCCAGGCUGUAUAGCCAUGUUCCAGAAGCAUUCUCUCCUGACGUUUUUGCCCAUAUCAAUGGCAGGCAUACUUAGAGGUAAUGAAGCCUGUUGGAAAUUCAUAUCAUUACCAGCCCAAUCGAAUAUGCACAGCACACCUGGAAAGUGUUGGGAUGCAUCUAAAGAAAAAUAAGAGGCCUUGGUUCAAAUCUGUUGUUUUGCUCUGGAGGAGAGAGAUGUACCUGCAGUUUCUGCGCAGUAGAUGGAGUUGCAGCCUCACAAAAGCCUCACCUUUUUUUCCUGGUGAAGAUGCUCCCUGGCUAGAAGCCAGUAUUGUGUAGCUCUAGUUUAAAUUCCAUUGCUGAUCUUUUUCUUACAUAAAUUGGAACUAUGGUAUCUUCCUUCCUUUGGACCAGAAAGGUUCUGCUUGGCUUUUUGAUCCUCGUUUUAUCUGUUUCUUAAUUAUGUUUAGAUCUCAUAUUUCUUCCAGCGAGCUCAAGGAAGCCUGCAUGACCCUCCUUGUCCCCAUUUGUAUCUCCCUUGUGUGUUAGAUCAGGCUGGGAGGGAGGCGCUCAAGGACACUCAUUGAUGGUUCAGUGUAGACAAUGUUGGUCUUGUAAGUCUCAAUCCAACACACCAAUAACUUGAUGACAUGAAUGGAUAGAGUUCGCACACUCCACUUCUAGCUAAUUCAGACUCUUAAACGCUGCUUAUUAAUUUCUAAACCUGACUGACCAACUCUUAAGCCCAAUCCCCUUGUUUUGUUUUUUCUCACUGAACACAACAACUGUAGCUGAAUGUGUUGUUGAAAGCUUUCAUGACUGGUAUCACUGGGUUGCUGUGAGUUUUCCAGGCUGUAUGGCCAUGGUUCCAGAAGCAUUCUCUCCUGAUGUUUCUACUACAUCUAUGGCAGGCAUCCUCAGAGGUUGUGAGGUCUGUUGGAAACUAGGCAAGUGGGGUUCAUAUAUCUGUAGAAAGUCCAGGGUGGGGGAAAGAACACUCGUCUGUUGGAGGCAAGUGUAAAUGUUGCCAUUGGCCACCUUGAUUAGCACUGAAUGGCCUUGCAGCUUCAAAGUGUGGCUGCUUCCUGCCUGGAGGAAUCCUUUUUUGGGAAAUGUUAGCUGGUCCUGGUGGUUUCCUGUCUGGAAUUCCCCAGUUUUCUGAAUGUUGUUCUUUAUUUACUAUUUUCUUUAUUUAUUUAGAGUUUUUUUAAAUAUUGGUAGCCAGAUUUUGUUCAUUUUCAUGGUUUCAAUCAGAGCUAGCUAACACCUCCCAACAAAGGAUUCUCUCAGGCAGAUAUAUACACCUGCCUCAAACAGACAAGAGUUCUUUCUCCCACCCUGGAUAUUAUCCCACAGAUAUAUAAACCCCUCUUUCCUAGUUUUUAAUAAGCCUCACAAACUCUGAGGGUGCAUACCAUAGAUGUGGGUGAAACGUCAGGAGGGAAUACUUCCGGAACAUGGCCAAACAGCCCAGAAAACUCACAGCAACCCAACUUUAGCUGACUAUCACCAGCUUUAUUCAAACCCACCAAUGACCUCUUGCUCUCAAGGCAAUCCUACAAUCUGAGCCAGGCUGCUUGGUUUGUUGUUCCUCUCUCAAACUGCAAGGCUUGUUUUGGACACCGAAUACUGGGUGUAGGGUUUUGGGACUUCAGAGCGUUCUCCGGCUUGCUCACUUCACUGGAACGUAAUGUUUCUUUCAAGCUUAAUCCCUUUUGACAAAGCGAUCCAACUUUGUAUCAACAAGUGCGUACCUUUCUCGGCAUAGUGCAGCCAGCUUUCUUUCUUAAGCCUGCAUCCGCUUGCUAGAAUCCAUUGAGAUUUGGGACGAGUGACUGGGUGCCUAAUGAGGCUGCUAUGGCGUAAAGAAGGGGUGGUACUAAAUUCAGCUUCCACUUCCUGACAGUCCAUUUGUUCCCUCUAGCAGCUUGUUCUGUCUCUAAAUGCUUCCAUUGGUCUCUUUUGCAUGGGGAGCAUGUGAGCUGUUGCCUCUUCAGAUCCCAACAUCCAGACACAGUUUGUUUUCCUCCUGUUUCUCUCCAUUUUCCAUCUCUGCUCCCUUUGGACAGAUGCCUGUUUCAGCCCAAUUUGAUGAAGGCCUCGGAUGUUCAGGAGGUUGUGUGGACAUCUUAUGGCUUCCUGACCAUACAAGGCCCUCAUCUGAAGUGUCUAUCCCUUUACCGCCACUUUAGAAAAAUAUAUCGAUCCUCCCCAUUCUUCCUAUGUUGGCCACUUGUGGCGCACGGAGAGUGUGAACAGAGUUGUUUGUGGCACGCUGAGAAUGUGAAAAAUGCAAAUAAAUCUACUUCUUUAUAAAACUUU